CUUUCUACUCAAAUCUUUCUCGUUUACGGUUUCCUCGUCGGCCAAAAAAAAAAGAAAAAAUCGAAGGAAAAGCUACGGCUACCUGAUUCAACACGAAUUCGAUCCGAAUCGUGAAAGCUUGUAUUCAAAUUUUCGCCUAUCCCCAAAUUUGGAAGCUCCCUUUCUCUCUCUCUCUCUCUCUUGCCGACGCUUUGCUUCUUCAAUGGCGUCCCUAUCGGUAUCUUGUUGAUUCUCACUGAAGAUAUAAAAGAUUAGGGUUUGUGUGUUCCUGUUUUUUGACCUUAUCCCCUGAGUUCUCAGAAGGGGUCGGCCUUUGAGAAAGGAUAAUGUGUAUACUGUGCGUUAUUCAAAAGUGGUCUCGUCAGGUUGCAACGAUGUUGCCUUGGUUUGUUAUACCUUUGAUUGGACUAUGGGCUCUCUCUCAGCUUCUUCCACCUGCUUUUCGCUUCGAGAUUACUUCUCCCAGGCUCGCUUGUGUGUUUGUGCUACUGGUUACUCUCUUCUGGUACGAGGUUUUGAUGCCUCAGCUUUCCACGUGGCGUGUGAGGAGAAACGCUAGGCUUAGGGAGAGAGCGAGAUUAGAAGCUAUUCAACUGCAGAAGCUGAAGAAAAAUGCGACUAGGCGUUGUCGUAACUGCUCUACGCCUUAUAGGGACCAGAAUCCAGGUGGUGGGAGGUUCAUGUGCUCGUAUUGUGGGCAUGUAUCAAAAAGGCCUGUUUUAGAUAUCCCCGGAUUAGAGAUUUCUGGCUCAGGGGUUUUUAAGGAACUCGUUGGAAGAGGUGGGAAGAUUUUAGUUGGGAAAGGAUGGGGUGAGCAGGGGUGUUUGCACAGGCAAGAGUGGUCUGAGAGCAGCACCUUGAGUACAUUUGAUGGAGAUGAGAAUUGUUUGGUGGAGAAAUCUUAUCCUGGUGGUGUUGGUUUUGCUUGCAGGUUGCUGUCUUCUCUUUUCAUGAGCAUUCGGUGGCUUUGGAGAAAGAUUUUUAGGUUUAGCUCAGUUGAUGAUUCGUCACUUGGACCUGAGGAGAGACGGUUGCUAGCUAAACAGGGUGAGAACGGGAACAGCUAUCAUGAGAGUAGGGUAGAAAAGGCACGUAGAAAAGCUGAGGAGAAACGACAGGCUAGACUGGAGAAGGAGCUUUCAGAGGAGGAAGAGAGAAAACAAAGAGAGGAAGUCGCAAGACUAGUGGAAGAACGAAGAAAGCUGAGAGAUGAGAAAACUGAGGCCGAGAGAUGCAGCAAAGUAUUACUCGCUGCCAAGGAGAAAAUCAUCAAAGAGGCGGAAAAGAAGCGUCAGGAGAGAAGGAAAGAGAGGGAUAAAGCCUCAAGUAAGAGCAGUUCUGAUGGUGAAGAGCAUAACAAGAGAACAGGAAAGGAAACCGAUCAGAAGCGCAAUGUUGAUAAGAGUGAUCAUCUGGAACAUGAUAGGCAUGCACAUGAUAGGACCUCCACCAUGGAAAGGAGACAUGAGCAUGGUGUAGAGAAUAAUGCUACUAGUAACGGUACAAAAUCUGGCGGUAGGUACUUUGAUCGAGUAAAGGGUACAUUUUUAUCUUCUUCGAAGGCUUUCAGUGAUAGCCGUUUAUUUGGGAGAGGCGUUACUACGUCUGCUACUACUGCAAAAGAAAACAAACCCAUCGGUUCUGCAGAUAAUUCUCAUACCUCUGCUCAUACUAAUUCUCAUACGAAUGUUACUCACGCAGUUGUUUCUGAGCCAAAGCCGACAAGAGAACCUAGAAAAGCAUGGCACCAACUGUUUACCCGUUCAACCUCUGUUCCUGUUUCCUCAAAUGUUAGUACUAUAAGUAGAUCUAGUACAAAGCCCGAGGAAGCUGCUCAGAGCUCACAGAUUUGCAGUCCAGUUUCCGCAAUACGAACCUUUGACAAUCCCAUUAGUUUUGGCCUCCCAUCGCCAUUCACCAUACCGGUGUACUCUAGUGGAUCCAUUACCAGUAGUUCAGGUUUCUCACCUCCAACAGAGAUUGUUUUACCUCAACCUGGUGAAGACGAACAUUUUGAAGAUCCGUGUUAUGUUCCGGAUCCGAUAUCUCUACUGGGACCUGUUUCAGAAUCACUUGAUUUAAGGGCUGGGUAUGAAACUGGCAUAGGAUUGGUAAAACACCGUGCAAUGAAGAAUACACCUACUCGUGAAAUCAGCAAGCCAUCCCCAAUCGAAUCUCCUUUGUCCAAAUCACGGGCUGCUGAUGAAAAACAAGCUAAUGACGGAAGCUGGCAAAUGUGGAAGAGCCCCCUUGGCCAAAACGGUCUUGGUUUAGUUGGUGGGUCAGCAAACUGGAUUAUACCUUCAGAGACAACUAGAUCUAGCGAGGAAAGUCAUCAUAUAGCAUCGUCAUUAUUUGCAAAAGAGGAUGCUUAUUCACAUAGGGACAGUCCUGAAAGUGAUCACCAAAACGGCGUAUUCAGCCCCAUUACGAACAACCAUGAUCCUUGGUCACAGAAUAUGUUCUUCCCUGCGUUAUCUGGCACAGAGAGUCCUUUUUCUUGUAGCAUACCAACAGAAAGCAUUCUCUUGAACAACAGGAGUCCAACUGGAUCAUCAGCUCAAGACAAUCCAUUUCAACACCCUUCUCCGAAUCACUGGCUCAAGAAGGUGAAGGGCUCAGGGGAUGGGGCAGGGAAGCAGUUUGUGGCGGCAGGUGAUGUUGAGAACCACCAAGAUGUAGAAUCGUUUUGGUAGUCACAAAUUCAAACAGAAAAAAAAAAUGAGGAGAGUUUUUGCAGAUGUGUAUUUUGUCUGUCUAUAUUUGCCUCUCGAGUCUCUAACGGAGACUUUUGAGUUUUUACUACAAAACUGCUCCACUGAACACUCGACGCAUAACUAUAGUCAGGUACUCUUUACUCUGAUAAAGUCUCUCUCACUUACACUUGCUUUGGUUGGUGUCUGAACAUGUUCUUACCAAACCUACUCGUGCGACAUAACCUUAUAAGCAAAACCUAAUCUAUAUACUGUAUAAUCUUUUUUUUUCUUGA